AUGUUCCCGACAGAAGAACACAUUGGAUAUCGCUGGUGGGAAUCGUCUGAUUUGCACGCAUGCUUCAUAUUCCUAAUAAAUCUGUUCCCGGUGUACACUAUUGAACAGCUCGCAAAAGACCCGCAGGGCGUUGGCUUUCUAAUCUCCCAUAUGUGGUUAAACGCGUGGGCUGUUCUAUGA